AUGUUGCUAGCCAUUUGCUUGCGUAGCCAUUUAGGCAUAGGCAAUCCGCAAGAGAAACUACCGUAUAAUACUUUCCCGGCAAGCUCUCUAAUGGAGUUUCUUGCAAUUAUUCUUUUACCAGCGUUCGUGGCCAAGUUCAUGAGCAUCUAUAAGGCUUUCCUCAUUGCAGCUUUUGGCUGA